AUGGCUUCUCGACAACAAACCUCCCACAUGGCUCAUGUGCAGCUCAUGGGCAAAGCGGCAAUGGGCCGUCAAGUCGCCGAGCCCAUCGUCGCCUCCGAGGAGUACAUGCAGUACCUGACCAAGCUGAUCCCAUCUACACCGGAGCUUGUAAAGGCCGGCUUCGUAGUGAGUCCGCUCACCCCGACGGAGCUUCAGGCAAAGGUCAAGUGCAAGAACUGCCACAAGAGAUGCACAAAACCUGAUCGUCCACCUAGAGGUAGAAACUCCUCCUACGCCGGCAACAUGGAGGGUUCCAGUAAUGGAAGCUUCACAAACGAAACUGCCUCUACUGCGUCAAACUCUGGCCCGAGCCAGACGUGUAGACUCAGAAGCCAUGGCGAGCUGCUUGACGAGGGCAAGCAGGCUGAGACUACCUCUGCAGCGCCACCGUCCCCUUCUCAAUUCCGCCCCGCCGUCGCCAUCGACUGCGAAAUGGGCGUCUCCUCCGACUUUGAAUCCGAACUCAUCCGUCUCUCCUUAAUCGACUACUUCUCCGGGCAAAUCCUCAUUGACCGCCUCGUCCGCCCCAAGGUUCCAAUGCAACACAUGAACACGCGCUACUCGGGCGUCACGCGGCAGGAUCUUCAGAAUGCCAUUCGCAACAGGACUUGUAUCCUCGGUGGACUGGAAGAGGCGCGCAAAGAGGUGUGGAAGUUUGUAGGGCCGCAGACUGUGGUAGUUGGACACUCGGUAAGAAACGAUUUGAGUGCUUUAAGGUGGAUACAUAAACGGUGUGUGGAUAGUUUGGUGGUGGAGGAGGGGGUGAGGAGGAAGAUCAAGGCCAAGGAGGAGGAGGAGGAAAAGGUGAGGGAAAAGCAGAAAGACGAGAGGUUGUUGGAGAUAAGCUUGCAUUGUGGCCCGGGGAUGGCGGAGGAGACGAGAAGGAUGAUGGAGGAGGAGGAGAUCAAGGAGAAGGAGAAGAUGAAGAAGAUGAGGGGGAAGAGAGGGGAAGAUGGCAUGUCGUUGAAGGCGCUGACCAAGAAGAAGCUUGGUCGUGUGAUUCAGGAUGGUGGGAAGAAGGGGCAUGAUAGCGUUGAGGACGCUGUGGCGGCUAGGGACUUGAUCCACCAUCAUAUUUUGGGUCUGAUGCAGAAGGACAAGGAGAAGAAGGAGGCCGAGAGGGAGGCUGAGGCUGCUUUUGCUCAGGUACUGGCGGAGGGUACGAGGGAUGCGGAAAUAGGUUCUGUUUUUGCUGCUUUCCCAUGA